AAUAAAAUGAAUACUCAUCAUCACCAUAACGUAGAUUUCAUUGACCAGGCAUAUCAGGAGAAGCCACGUGCAGAUUUAUUCAGUAUUGUAAAGAAACUUCGGGAUAUGCAUACUGCUCACACAAGGUUUCUCUACAUCGCAGAGGUAAAAGAGAGAGCAGCGAAAGGUAACCUGGAGAAAGACCUGACCAACUACUAUCUUUCAUAUCAAGAGAAGUUUGGAAUGACUGGUCUGUGUCUCGUAAUGGGUAACCUCUACAUCCAUCUUACAGAGUGUGAGCCAGAGUACUUCAGAGAUAUGGUUGAGACUUUAAAGGAAGAAGUUAAAAGUAAUAAUAUAUACAAAGGUGUCUGGGUUAUUCAUUAUACUGAAGAGAACGCAGAGCGACUCUAUGACUCCUGGAUCUGAAAAUCGAUCUCAAUGUCCGGAACCUCUAAACAAAUUAAAAACCUAGAGGAGCAUGAGAGAUACUGGACUAUUUAUGAAGGCUUUAUCAAGAUUUCAGAUAAAGUAAAAGAAGAACAAGAUGAUGAUAAGAAUAAGAUUGGUAUGUCCAUCAAGCAGAACGCCUCAGAUCUCAUCCCAGCUGGAGAGGAACUUCUGAGUAUAACCACUGAAAAUGAAAUGAGCCUUGAAGAAUUCAUAGAAUUCUACUUCGUUCCACCUGAUAUCAUCCUUGAAGGAGAGAGGUGCUGGCCUGCAGAGCCAGAUCUGACUUACUAA